GAGGGACCUUCUCUCGCUCCCACCAGCCCCUGGGCACACCCCUCUUUGGCACGGUCGGUUGGAUCACUCACGCUCCAUCUAUCUCUCGCUCUCCAAAACAAGCCGGACUUGUUUGCUGCCAGCCCUCGCCCAUGUGUAUGGAGGGGUUGUGUUUUUUUUAAGUACAGCUGUCUAAAAACUGAAUGACAAAUGUGGGCGAGGCCCAGUGGGGCAGGACCACAAAUAGGGGCAGGAGGCAUCUUUGUGCUCAAGUCUCCUGGUGGCAUUUUUGUGUGAGAGACCCAGAAGGAGGAAGAACAACCCGUGGGAAGCAUGCUUUUCUCUGGGAUACUCUUGGUGAUGGGAAUCGGCGUCACAGCUGAAAAAGGUAGGGAUGUUCCUUGCCUUAUUCAAUUUAUGGGGACAUUGAUUUAUUUGUAAAAUGCAUUUUUGAGAGAGAGAGAGAGAGAGAGAGAGAGAGAGAGAGAGAGAUCACUAAUAAUUCAACAUCAGGAAGAACUUUCUGACCAUAAGAGCUGUUCAACAUUGGAACAGAGAAUACUGGGCUCUCCUUCCUUGGAGAUUUUUAAGCAGAGGUUGGGUGGCCAUCUAUCAUGGAAGCUUUAGCUGAGAUUCCUGCAUUGCAGCGGGCUGGACUGGAUGCCCCCCAGAGCCCCUUCCAACUCUAUAAUUCAUUGAUUCUGUGAUUCGCUCAAGGGCGAGCUACAACAAUUUAAGAAUGCAAUACGAAAACCAGUUUUAACAAAUGGCUGUCAAGAGAAUAGCUUGAGUCCUGAUAUAUGUAUAUCUGUGGUGUCAAAGGCUGUGGUCUGGAGGUGCGUAUUUAAGAUACAAUAGAAGGUACAUAAUGCACGUCUUCAACACACUUCUGUGGGAAGGGAGUUUCUCAGUUCAGGGAUUGCUACAGAGAAUGCCUUCUCCCACCCACGCUCCUGAAUUUACAAAGACAUUUAUUUGUUGGUUUUAUUUGUAAAAUUGCAGACACCUCUUAAUGUUAAAAGGUUGCAUCCAACAAGUCUGUGCCACUAAUGUGACUGUCCCUUAAGUUCUGCAGAAGAUAGAUUAUGCAGAAUAUAUUGGGUUGUUGAUAAAGAUAUUUGUAAUAGCAUAAUAAGACCAAACAAAUCUGUUUUCCAAUGUAUGGAAAUGUAAAGGUAAUUGAGUAUUUUUUUAUUAUUUUUAUCCUCAUUCACAUUUUUCUUCCUUCAUCACUCUUUUUUUAUAAAAGAAAUUUUUCUAUUAUAAAUAAACAAAUAAAUAAAAGUUCUACACAAAGUAGACUUUUUGAAAUUAAUGGGCCAUGGUUUAUUAAUUUCAGCGGGUGUGCUCUUGUGUAGGACUAAUGCUAGAAAUACCCCCACCCAAUUUUUAUGUUUAUUUUAAAUCUCUAAGCAGUUUACAUAAAAUAUAAUGGAGCGGGGAGUCAAUAUAAAUUAAGAAAAGAAUACAACAGCAGUGUUCAGACAAGACUUUUGAAAGACUAAAUAAAAACAGUUUAAAGCUACAUAAUAGAUAAAACUGAGCAGUUAACAAAGACUUUGUAGCCCAGUUGAAGUUAAGAAAAACGCAGCAAAAUUUGGACUAGUUUAUAUACAGUACAUGCUUCGGUUGGCAGUGUUUUUAUUGAUGCCUUUUAUGAUGGUUUAAUGUUUAAUCUCUUUGCGAUGUUUUGCAGGAAGCAAUUGAUAAAUGAAACAAAUAAUAGAAUGACAGCUACAACCUCUUGUUUAUAGAGCUCUCCCUCCUCCCCAGAUUUCCCCUUACCCAAUUGGCACACCCUGGGGACAUGCCAUCGGUUUGGAAAGGGUGGCAAAGAAUUUUGACCUCUUGAGAAACGAUUAAAAUAGAAGCGGCAGGGUGGUGUGUAGAUGUGGGGGGUAAAAACUUUGGAGAGGGGGUGGUAAGAUUCCAGAGGAGGAUUAACUUUUUCAUUUAGAGAAUAAGCCUCAGAAAGGUAGGCUCUGGAUUUCUCUAAUUUAUGCCUCCCAUAAAAUGCAAUACAUUGUUUUAGUAACUUAAAGGGUGGAAAGGCAAGAGAGGGGGUGGGGGGGGGAGGCUGUUAAUUAGGCCAGUAAACCGGGCAUCUCUCUCCCCUCAACCCCGUUUUAGUGGAACAAGUCCUUAAACAAGCCACACACAUUUUUACAGUCCUGGGUGAGGUGUGCUAAAUAUUCUAUCCUCCAUUAAGGAAAGGGAAUUUGCAGGGAGGGCAAACGGUAGACGAGUCCCUUCAGAAAAUGUGGUGAGAACUGAGGAGUGGAAUAAACAUGCUUUCCAUAGAUAACAGUAUUGCAGAUUCAUAGAAGUGUAGAGUUAGACGGGAUCUCCAAAGGUCUUCUAGUCCAACCCAUUGCAGAAUGCAGGAGUCACAGCUAAAGACAGAUGGACACCCAACCUCUGUUCAAAAUCUCCCAGGAUGGAGAGUCCAUCUCCUUCCAAGGGAGCUCAUUCCAUCUUCGAACAGCUCGUGCCGCCAGAAAGUUCUUCCUAAUGUUUAGUCGGAAUCUCCUUCCUUGUAACUCGAAUCCAUUUGUUCUGGUCCUACCCUCUGGAGCAGCAGGAAAACAAGCCUGCUCCCUCUUCCACCAAACGGAUUAUCCUCUGCACGAACUUUUCCUUCAUAGCUGUCCUGGGGCUGCAGAGAUGGAGUACAGGGUCUCUGCCAUCAGCCAGAAAAAUAAAGACAUCUGGGAAUAUGCCUCCCGGGAACAAGUAACAACAAGGGGAAGAACACUUGCAAGGACAUCAGAACCAGUGCUUGAAGUUGCAUUCUUUUCCUCUUCCCUCCCAAUCCGUUUUUCCUUUUGUGCCACACCCUUCAGAUUGUAAGGCUGAGAACAAGCACCUUAUUAUCGACUGUUGCAAGCCGCUCUGGGAAACUUUCUGCUGAAGAGUGGGAUUAAAAAAAAACCCCCAAAAAACCCUUUAAUAAGCAAAAUGAACAGCUCACUUCCUUUUCUCGUUGCCUUUCUCUAGUGUCGGUAGGAUAUACGCCUCGCCUCACUUCCAAGGACCUGGCCGCGAAGAUCACUUCCUCCACCUUCACCUUGGAACAACCUCGCUGCGUCUUCAACAAGUUUGUCGAUGCCACCGAUGAGAUAUGGCUGCUGGUCGCCCGCAGCAAUGGUACGUUGUGUGUGAUUGGUUGCAAUUAUAUCCCGCCUUUUUCUCCAUUGAGCUCUUUUUUUCUUUUUUUUGUAAAUCAAUUUUUAUUGGUUUCUUCACAAUUAAUUUCCACAGUUAAGUACAAAAGACAAAUCCCCGCCCGCCCCCAUCCCCAUUCACAAACACCUUUCAAAACCUUAUCUUUGAGGUUCUUUAAACCUCAUGACUUCCCUCCAUUCCCUCUUCGGGUUCCUUAUAUUAACAAAAUUCUUCUGCAUUUCUGUACACAUAUUUCAUCAAUUCUUCUUCUUCUUCUUCUUCUUCUUCUUCUUCUUCUUUAUAAAUAAUUUUUAUUAAUUUUCCAACAUACAUUUAUAAUAUCCAACUUAAAUUUAUCACAUAUUUUCUCUUUUGGACUUCCUUCAGCCUCUCUAACAAUCAUCCAUUAUUCAAUUUUUUAAUUACACAUUUCCUAAUCUUUAUAUUGCAUUUUAUAUACCUUCACUCUCUUAUUUUUCUUCAACACAAUAUUCCUCAAUCUUCUUCUUCUAAUUUUAUUCAAAUUUUUCUGAUUGCAAAUGUGCGGUUACACAUAUACAAUAAUUAUUUCACAUUAUUUUCCCUAACUUUGGCAUAUUUAAAUUUCAAUGGAAGGCAGCUAUCAGUUAAAUCAGAUUUAAAAUCCAGCUCACCUUCCUCACAAUCUCCUCUUAGUCUCAGGGGCUGUAAUUUCUGCCUCACUUCAGCCACCAAGGCAUUCCCAAAUAUUUCUUGCCUACCGCCCAUGCCAACCAUAGUUACUUCUGACUUUUCCUCCAGAAAUUCCACCAGUUCCUUCACAAUUUUUUCUCUUAUGUCCUCCCUCUCCUGUUCAGGAACCCCACGGAGUCUUAAGAGAUUUUCUUUUUGUUGCAUCUCAAGCAUUUCCAGAUCAUCCUCUAUCGUCUCUUUAUGCCUAUAAAGGAGUUCAUGCCUUCCUGCGCUUGCACUAUUUUUGCCACAUUGUUCCUGUUAGGGUCGCCCAGCAAGGCCUGGCGAAUAAUCCAUUUUUUUCUUAUUGCCCCUUACAGCGGCAGAAAGCUGCGCUGUCCUCAGAUCCCCUGAGGAGCUGCCCUAUCAGGCGUUCGAGAACAAUUCCUGUUACAUGACUCUGGGCACUGCCCCAGCCAACUACCCCUGCCCAGCGGAAGAAAGCAGCAAGCUCACUGUCUUGCGAGUGGGGAACGAAGUCGACUGCAAGACGGAUCCCGCCAGGCCAGAUUGCAAUGGCCCCCUGCCUGAGCCAGGACCCUACAGGUGAGUUACCUGUGUCAGGUGAUUCCCCCACCCGCCACUCAAAGUUCUGAUAGUGUCUCUGUUUUCUGAAUUAAACCAGUACUGCAUUAAAGUACUGUCUAUGGGGUUUGCUUGUUUGUUUUCCAUUUGGUGCAGCCGUCCUAAACAGGAAGCCUUGCCAGGUGUGGUUGGACUCCAACUCCCAUCGUCCCUGAUCAUUGGCCACACUGGCUGGGGAUGAUGGGAGCUGAAGUCCAACGACAUCUAGAGCAGGGACUGCCAAACUCCCCACCAACAACACUACCACAUCGGGCCUCUUGAAAAUGGCCGAGGGUCUUGGAAGACAACUUAAUGGUUCUAUUUUUCUCCCAGUAAAACAUUGUUGACAUGCAAUGGCAUUUGAUGGCUGACAUGUAAUGGACGGGUGGAAGGGGAGGAAAUUCGAUUCAGUACGCUGUUAGAAACUUGGUGCCACUUUGAAUCUAUUUUGGCCUGUUGCUAAUUCAGCUUUUCAGAAGUCCUACGUUAUCGCUUUUCAUUUUCCUUAUUGAUAAUUUUGAUUGCUUUAUCUUUUUUUGUGUAAACUGCCUUGAGGGUUGUUUGUUUUCUGCAUUCCAGCGGUGUGAAACAAAAAAAUGAAAUUAGAGCCAAAUCUAUCAUAUUUGUGCUUUCCGGGGAAAAACACAUGAGGCGUUCUAGCCUGCGGAGUGGGGGGUUACCUGGGGAGAGUCCUGAGGACUGGGAGGAGGAGGUGUCAGAAACUGAAGAGGCAACAGAGUUUAGUGAGCAGGAAGAGGCUGUGUCAGAGAGCAGUCUAGGGUGAAAGGCAGAAUAGGAGGCUGGAGAGGAGGAGGGCAAAGAGGCAGGGAUGAGGCAGGCUGCUAAAGAAGCCAGGGGGUCUCCCCCUUCUACUGCGACCAACUCACUUCCCCCCUGGUCUCCCAGAACCAGAAGAGGUAUGAAGAGGGCGGAGCAAAGGCAGGCACAGCAAGGAAGUCUCAGAUUGCUUAGGGGAGGAAAGGAGUCUUAGAGAGCUGUGGGAAGUAAGGGACAUUCAGUCCUUAUAACUGCCUCACUGGGGUAAGACCUACUGGGUAGAAUUGCUGUGAUCACUAGGCCUGCACUGUUUUUGUUUCUUGAAUUAAAAGCUAAUCUCACUGACACCGGGUGUUUUAUUGCUGACCUACCCCUGGCCCUAGCUCCUGACAAUCUCCAGGGAGGACUCAAGGUGCCCCUUAACUCUCUCUUUUUUUUAAAAAAAUCAAUUUUUAUUAAUUUUUCUGAAUUACAUUUCAAAAUAUUCAUUUAAACAACCUUAAAUCAAUGACUUCCCUUCUUCUUAUGUGGUUCAUUUUGCAUACCAUAAAGGUAAAGGUAAAGGGACCCCUGACCAUUAGGUCCAGUCGUGACCAACUCUGGGGUUGCGGCGCUCAUCUAGCUUUAUUGGCCAAGGGAGCCAGCAUACAGCUUCUGGGUCAUGUGGCCAGCAUGACUAAGCCGCUUCUGGCAAACAAGAGCAGCGCACGGAAACGCCGUUUACCUUCCUGCCAGAGCAGUACUUAUUUAUCUACUUGCACUUUGACGUGCUGCUAGGUUGGCAGGAGCAGGGACCAAGCAACGGGAGCUCACCCCGUCGCGGGGAUUCGAACCGCCGACCUUCUGAUCUGUCCUAGGCUCUGUGGUUUAAUUCAUAUUCCUGCAUAUUUUACAUGAACUAAACCAUUCAGUAAUCCAUUGUUACAUCCAUCAAAACUUAUUUACUCUGUUGAAUUUAUCUUAAUGCUACCAGUGUUUUUAAAUGAACACAAUUUUCACCUAUAUAUUCAGUAAAUAUUUUCCAGUCUUCUUUAAACGUGCAUUCUUCUUGUUCUCUUAUUCUAGAAGUUAAGUCUUCAAGCUGUGCGUAUUCCGUCAGUUUAAGUUGCCAUUCUUCUUUGGUUGGGACCUCGCUUGUUUUCCAUUUUGGGGCUAACAAAACAGAGGCUGUGGUAGUAGUAUACAUAAAUAGCUUUUUUUUUUUUUUUGACACCUGGGAAUUUCCCUCUGAAUUAUAUCCAACAAAAAGGACUCUGGGUUUUUUUGGGAAAUGUACUUUUAAACUCCCCCCCCAAAAAAAUUCACUAUAUACCAUAUCCCAAUACUCUUUUACCCUUUUACAAGUCGCCCACAUAAGAUAAAAGGUACCCUCAACCUCUUUACAUCCCCAACACUUAUCUGAUUCAGACUUACACAUUUUAGCAAGUCUACUCGGAGUUAAAGACCAUCUGUAAAUCAUUUUCAGGUGCCCCUUAUCUCAAACCCUGAAGGGAGAUGCUGCCAGCCAGUGUCAACAAUCCUGAGUCAGAAGGACCAAUGGUCUUUUUCAGUCCCAGGCAGUUUCCUUCUUUCCUUUAUUCAUGUGACUUGGAAGAGGGUAUUCCGACUCCAUCAAGUUCUUACCUUUCUCUUCUCAGAGUGAAGUUUCUGGCCUUUAAUUCCGGAGGCCCCACAGCAGAGUCGAGAUGGUCAGAUCCCAUCACGCUGAUCCAAGGUAACUGAACAGGACCUGCUGGGUGCAAUCCACACCCUGCCAAGCACGUUGGAGACCCCUCAGUUUCAAGAGGACCACUGCAGAUGCCUUCAAACGCCUCCCUAUCACUGUGUGCAGAUACAUGUUUAUCACUAGAGGGCCGAAGGACUAGGAGUGCCUUUUAUCAGCUCGGCCUGGUUUGCCAACUAUGGCCAGUCCUGGGCAGGGAUAAAUUGGCCACUGCAGUCCAUGCUUUGGUAACCUCAAGGCUGGACUACUGCAAUGCGCUCUGUGUGGGGCUGCCCAUGGGACUGGUUCAAACGCUCGAGCUGGUGCAGAAUGUGGCAGCCAGGUUGCUGAUUGAGGCGGCUGGCCAGUAGCAUGCAACACCUUUGUUAAAACAGCUGCACUGGUUACCCAUCUGUUACUGAGCCAGGUUCAAGGUCCUUGUCUCAAUUUACAAAGGCCUGAAAAAGUUAGGUCCAGGGUACCUCAAGGUACCUCAGGCUCAAUCAGAGAGAUAAUCUGCAGAGGCAUUGCUAGUCACACCUGAAGUUGGCGUGGUUCAUUUGACAACGAGAAACUGAGCCUUUAGUGUCGUGGGCCCAGUCCUGUGGAACUCUCUGCCACUGGAGAUUCAGCAGACAACUUUUCAGUGGCAACUUUUAAACGCCUGCUGAAAACUUUUCUAUUCUGCCAGGCCUAUGCACGCAAUUACCAUUUGCUGCUGUCUGUUUUUAACUUUUGUGCUUUUAACUUGUGUUUAACUUUUUUAUGCUUUUGAUGUAUGGUUAUAUGGCUUUAUUGCUGUAAACCAUUUUGUUAUACUUUUGUGAUAUAGCGGCAAACAUUUUUUAUUAUAAAUAAAUAAAUAGUCCCCCACCACCGCGGUUGUGAUGCUCAGGAAUCAGGGCUCACCAACCUUUCUAGACCUCUGGGUGCAUAUACAUAUAUGACACUGAGUAUGCCAUUCCUUCUAGUCACUUUUCAAUAGAACGGCCCGUCUGACAAUUACAGCUUUAAAUGUAUUCUCUUGUCCUUAUCAGGGAAGGAUCCCGAGACGAUCGACACAUCCCCUGAGCGGCGGAGCGCAGGAAUGAUUGCCAUUGCCACUAUCCUCUCCAUCCUCUCUGCCAUCCUGCUGGCUGCCCUCAUUGCUGCCUUGGUCUAUAAAUAGUACGUUUCUAUUUAGAAUUGCGGAGGGAAUUGACUAUGGCCUUGCCUGAAACCCGGUGGCCGUGUCACCCUGGAGUUAAGGGCCUUUGCUUGACGUCUGCAGCUUGGCUUGCUUACUUGAGCCUUCUGGAGCAUAGGACGUUAGUCAUGCCCAAAACAGAAACGAAUGGAGAUGGCUAGCACAUUCACUUCAAUGGGUCGCCUCUGAGUAGGACUUAGCUGAAUGUCUGGGCAAAUGUUUAAUCCUAUAUUUGAUGCAUUUUUGUCUAGCAGAGGAGGAGAAGGAGGCAAUGUGGUGGGGAGACAUCCACAAGGGUGGGUCGGUGGCAAUGAGCAGAGGUGGCUGGAUCUGCCACCUGAGGUGACCACCUCACCUCAUGGGCAGGCCGGACCCUGCCUUUAAGUAAUACAGGAGUUUCCCCAGUUUAAUUGUGAAGUGUUUCUUUUUCAUUUAGCUGAGCCUACGCCCAACCUUUUCCUCCAAAGAGCUCAAGGUGGUGUAUACUGUUAUCCUCAUUUAAUCCCCACAACAACCCUCUGAGGCAGAUUAGGCUGAGAGACUGGUCCCCAAGAUCCCCCAGUUAAAGCUUCAUGGCCAGGUGGGAGGAUUUGAACCCUGGUCUCUCUCAGGUCCUCCUCCAGCCCUCUAACCACUACACCACCACUGCUUCUCCCACAUCAGUGAGGUUGAGGCCCGACACGACCUUACGCGAUCCUCACAGCCCAUAUUGACCUCAUUCGUCCUUCUGCCAUUCCUUUCCCACAGUUCGGACGUCUGCGGCAGUGCCGAGAUUGUCACCGUGAGGGAUCCAGCGACAAUCACCCGCUACACCACCCACCAUAUAUAUGACCAGCCUGGCCGAAACUUGUGAGGCCCUCUGUUUCAGGACAAUCUGUCGACAGUAUCCAUCUUCCCUUUCCCCUCCCGCUGUGGCUGCCUCAAUCCCUUAGACUCUCUCAAGGAGCUCAGCUGAGACAUUUGGCCUUUGGACGUACAUCCCAUUCCUGAGUCCCUCUUGGAGGAGCUCAGAGGAGUUGGCGGAGCGGAGGGAAGAGGAAAAACUGAGCGAUCAUCUGUGAAUUACACACUUUGGGAUGUUUUCUUCCCUGAAGAUGGAUUUUGGCGGCACCUUCUGCUCAAAGGAGAACCCGAUGCGACAGUGGUUGUGUCUUAACACAUUGAAAUAAUUCCAUAUGUAAACAGCAGCAGAUUUACACUGUUCCCAAUGAACGAAUAAGUUUCCACCGUCUGGGGGCAGCCUCAUUUUAAAAGAUGGGGAGGCGGGAGGCGGGGAGAGAGCUUUCGGGGUUGUUGUCUUUUCAAUUAAGCAUCAUAGAUGUGGUGGUUACGGGCAGAGUAAUUCACCAAAGAUACAGAAGGAGAGAAGCUUCGGGGCCAGAGUGCCCCUCAAUUAAAGAAGUCUUUGUUUGAUGAAUGGGAUGGGGUUUGUUUGAACCUGAAAGGAAUAUCUCACAGGAGAAAAGGGACGCACACCUUGUUUUCAGGCAUCCGUGGGAGCAACAGGCAUCUUCUUAAAAGAGGCUUUUGAGUGCCUCUUAGAAGAUGGUGCCUGUCGGCUGGGAAGUCUGGCGGUACUGUUAUUAAAAUAUAAUCUAUAUCAUUUUAACCUGCUGUUGCCAAGUUAAUCAGGGGCAGGCACCAUUCAAAACUGUGGAAUGGAGAAAUCAACGCAACCAAGGGUGUGCACUUCCAGGUAUGGUUGGACUACAACUUCCAUCCAGGGGUGGCCCGGCUGAGGCAAAACAGGAAGAUGCAGUGAGAAUGAGGACCCUCAUUGUCCUUAGAAUCGUAGAGUUGGAAGGGACCCUGCAGAUCACCUAGUCCA